UCCCAGCGUGCUCCGCGGCCACGCACGUCUCCUGCACCCGCGCCGGGGCCGGGCGGCUCAGCUUCACCUCAUGGGGCGAAGGAGGCUGCUGGCGGCGGCGGCGGCCGCACCUGAGGUGGGCGCGAAGGGCGGCGGGGCGGGCUCGCUGCAGGCGGCGGCCGCGGGCGGCUCCGCGGGCGGCUCCGCGGCUCCGAGCGGCAGCCCCCCGCGCCCCGUGGAGCCGGGAAGCCGCCCGGGCCGGGUAGACGGGUCGGGUCUUCGCAUAAGAAUGCGGUGCUUUGCCUAAAGCCAGGCAUGUCACUUAGCUGUCAGGCUUCUUCACACUCCGUUGUUGUGGUAAAGAUGACGGUACAUUUUUAUUUCUUAAUGACUGAGGAGAUGGCUGAUGAGGGGCUUUGGUGGUGGGUGUUGAGGCAAAGCACACCCUUUCCUCAAGAUGUAAAAAUUUUUGCUGAUCGCUAUAAUUUCACAUGUCUGCUUGCCGCAUGCCUGUCUUUCCUUCGUCCCUCUCUUUAGUUACACAUGCGGAUUGUGUUCUAAUCUUACAUUGGAUUAGCUAUUUACGAUGCAAAUGCUGUUGCAGUUAAUGAGGGUAAUACAUAAACUGUUCAUGCUUCUUUUUUUCUUGUUUAGGAUGACAGAGGAUUUUUUUUCUUCUACUGGGUAGUACUGGGAUCUGUUUCUAUUCCUAAAUACUUUCAGGAUAUUUCUUUCAACUCUUUUCUUUUCGGUACAUCUCAGUUCCAAAGUACUCAUUAAGGGGAAGGUCUGCGUUUUGGUGUCUUGGUAUCUCUUUUCAAACACUUUAAUUUAUGGUCCCUGAAAUAAACAAUUUAAUUAAGUCCUGAUUUUAUGAGUGGUUUAUUUGUUUUUUUAAAUUUCCUCGUGGUUUUAAUUCAGUUUCUUCUUCAGUAAUUUGAUAAAAUCUUACUGAUUUCUUGUGUGCUUUUGUCCUCUUCCCUCUUCAGCCUCCUUCUACUCUCCAACACCAAUAAUGCAUUAUAAUUAUCUAACCCCAAAAUACUUGCAUUAUCAGUUCUUCACAGAUCUUUUUGGGCUCGGAUCUGCUUUUCAGUGAGAUAAUACAUUAAAUGUUUGAGUUUGUCUUAAAUGGUAAUUCAACUUUAUGGAGUAUUUCGUAUAAAUUAAUAUCCAAUAUCAAAUAAUGCUUUUUUAGGAGAUCAUAGAAUUAUAAGGGACUACUGUAAUCUUGGCUUCGUUCGUAAAGUGUGUAAUUCUACUAAUUUUAUGCAUUGAAUUCCUAUAUGCAUUCAUGUGCCUGAUUUUUCUCUUGCUGUUACACCGUAAGUUGAAAGGCCUCUUAGUUUCAGCUAUUUUCCUAAAUGCAUAUUUACAGCUUUGAUCUAAAUAUCUUCUUGUGUCAGUAAUUUACAGUGUUAACUGUGUGUUUGUUAAAAUGAUUUUUAUAGUUUCCUUAAAUGAAACUAAAUGCAUCAGCAAAAUUGCAUUUUCUGGGUAUAGGCAGAGAUUAUGCAUAAUGCUGUAUAUAUCAUAGAAAAAUGUCAUGAGAAAGCAUAAUUCUGAGCAGUAUAACUCUGUCAGCCGUUGUGUGCAUGUGUUUUAUGUAAACCCAACCUAAAUCUUUCUUUCAAUAUGUUAACUGGACUGACCACCCAUAGGUUUCUAAGCAUUCUGUGUAAUGCAUCUGUUUCCCACUCUCCUGUUUUAACAAGAAUGUAAGCUCCACAACUGUGCUUUGUGAGACUUAUAGGAUAGAAAAAGCUAUGACACUUUAUUGUGAUAUUUUAAACUUUAUUGUGAUAUAUGUAAACAUAUCACACUUUAUUGUGAUAUGUUUACACAGUCUGAAAAUCACUGGGUUUUUUCAGACAAAAAAUGCAGCUUCUAGGUUUAUAUUAGAAAUUGUAGUUCUGGAGAUUAUUUUGGUGGAACAGAGUUUUGCUUUUUCUGGUGUGAUUUCACUCUUGAUCUGCAGAAUAUUUAUAGUUACGCCGUUGUACCUGGGAAUGCGGCUUGAUUUUUGCACAGACAGCAGUUGUUUUUUGUCUAUGAAAGGUGGCAAAGCCAGGCUGUUUAAAAAGAACACUUACUCCGUGGACAUGGAUCUUGACUAAGGGUAAUCUGAAGCCACUUUUUUGCUUCCCAUUCUUCAUUCUGGCUCAAAUACACCCAUUUAUAUAUUGUUUUCCAGUUGGCAUUGUUACCUUUAUUUCAUGAUACAGUAAUUCUCAAAUCAUACUCAUUUUAUGUUACUUGUGAUAGUUUUCCUGUGCACUUCAUGCAUGUUAAUAAUAUCCAUAGCAAAGCAGUGUAAACCCAUCACAGAACUGAUGCAGACCUCUGUUGCUGUUUGAAUUUAUAGGUCACUGCUUAUGUAUUCCAAGCUCACUAAUCGAUGGGAUGAAAUUAGAAAGAUUUCUCUGAAUGUGAUUCACAAAUGUUUCACUAGGUGGGAACCUUCUGAGCACACAGUUACAAGGAAGUAUCUGUUAAAAUAGAUCUUCGUGUAGUUUGAAAUGCAAUUACUUAAAACAGAAGCCUGGGAGUGCACUUUUCUGACUUUAUGAGAUUGGGUUUUAUUAUCUUUUAAUUAUUACCCUGUUCCAUCUUUAAUUUGUGCCCUUCUCUUGUUUUAUGGUUGUCUUUUCCUGCUUUUUCGCACAGAGCUUCUAAGCCCUUACUGAAGUUACUUUUAGCUCAAUUAAAUUUGUUAAGGAAUUCAUGAAAAAGACGUUGCUGCUUUCUCUAUUUUGUACUGGUUUUCAGUUUUCAUGUAUGUUUUGGAGAGAGUUUGAAGACCUCUGUGUAGUAUCAGUGCUUACUGCUGCCUGGUUUGAUUCAUUUAGGAUGGAACGAAUCGUGUUUGGUCUUCCGUGCGCUGGACUGGGCAGGCAGGAUUCAGAAAGCACAGCAGCUCAACGCUGAGGCAUAGAUCAUGUUUGCUGCUGGAAUAAGAACAACUGACGAUACAAAGGACAAUGCACAGUGUGUGUCCUGAUGACAUUUUGUGUGAUGUGACAUGCUUAUCGCCAUGGCAUCUGAGACUGAAAAGGCCCAUGCUCUUCUCCAGACUUUCAGCACAGCUUCAGUUAUUUCUAGUCUAGGUUUGGGAGUAUUCUGCUUUGUAGCAGAUAGGCUUAUGCAGUUUUCCUUCAUUCAGCAAAAUGACUGGCUCCGAGCCUUCUCUGAUAAUGCAGUGCACGGUAUACUAGGAAUGUGGUCCUGGGCAAUAGUGAUUGGACUCAGGAAGAAAAGUGACUUCACUGAGGUCACUCUGGCUGGCUUCCUCGCCUCUGUUAUUGAUGUGGACCACUUCUUUCUUGCUGGCUCCCUGUCAUUAAAGGCUGCUCUGACUCUUCCACAGAGACCAUUUCUUCACUGUUCUACUGUGAUUCCUGUUGUGGCUCUGACAUUAAAGUUUAUUAUGCACCUUUUCAGGCUUAAGGAUUCAUGGUGCUUUCUUCCCUGGAUGUUGUUCAUAUCUUGGACUUCUCAUCACAUCCGUGACGGGAUUCGUCAUGGCCUCUGGAUCUGCCCAUUUGGAAAAACUCCUCCUUUGCCAUAUUGGCUCUAUGUGGCAAUUACAGCAUCUUUACCUCAUCUAUGUUCAUUUAUUAUGUAUUUAACAGGCACUAGAGAAUUAAUGUCUGUAAAACAUGGAAUCCGCAUUGAUGUAUAAGAAUGAAGUCUCUUAAAGGCUAUUUGUAUUAGCACUUGAAAUAAGUUGUCUGUUUAUCGCUAAAGUGGUUUCCUUGUGCUCCCUAUGACCUCCAAGUUAGGCAUUUUAAGACUGGAGCCAGUUACAGCUCCUGUGUGUCAAUUUUUUGUGGUCAAAGAAACCUGUUUAAUAAAUAGUAAUUAUUUUAUAUCUAUACAUUCCAUUAUAGUUCAUGCAUAGCUAGCUGAUUUAUAAAGUACUUAGUCUCUCUUUGUAGUAAUUACAUUACUGUCACAGUGCCAAUCAUUUGACCACCAUUCACUUUGGAUUUGUAUUCUGCCUUUAGAUAAUACAUUUCAUCUAGAUAGCAUUUGUAUAGCACUUUAAAAAUGUAAAAGUACUAUAUAAAUACUAGGUAUUAGUGAGUAUAUAGUAGUGUAUGGCACUUCUGAAAAACAUCAGUUAGCCCUUUGAAUUUAUUUAUUUGGUUUCCUGUUGGAUUCUUGUAUUCAACUGUUUUAAAAGAAAUGCUGUUCGUAUUUCACAAUGUGGAACUGUAAUCUGCACCUCUUUGAACACUGUAGUAUCAUGUAGUGCUUCUGCUAAAUUCUAUUCCUCUGUAGUUGCUUGGUACUCAAUUUGCAGAUAAUUAGUAUUAUUUGUGGUUGGAAAGGAGAAGACAGUUUGGUUACAGUAUUUCGUGUGUUGGCCAAAUUGUUUAUUUUUUUAAAUAAACUAUUAAUGUUAUUUGAUUUGGAACUAAGGAAUUUUAGUAAAUAUUUAAGGAUUGUGUAAAGGCAAACUUAUUACAGUAAAACAGAAGCUUUAGGGAAGAUUCAGGAAGAUUCAGAUAUGAGAAAAUUAAAAUUGCUCAAUAUGUGAGUUUGCUUAAAGACCUUACUGCUGUACUAAUAAACAGCAUUUUCCAUUAAGUGCAAUGUCAUCCAUAUUACUGUAAAAUAAAAUCCAUUAUUAUUACAUGGAAAUAUAAAUUUCCUCAUAAAUAGGUUCCCUAAUGAAAAAUGUUACUAUGUUGCAUGUUCGUAAUGUAGCAAUUUGCGCUGGGAUCUAUUCAGUUUUCAUUUACAGAAAUUUCUCAGAAAAAGUCCAGAAGUAAAAAUUUCGCUCUUGUCUGGGUUACAGUAUACAAGCUGAGAAAUGUGUAUUAAUAAUAGUUUUAUUAACUUUUUUGUUCAUUGAACUCCGCUGUCCAUUAAGGAUAUGGAGCCUUAAUUAUUCCAGUUUGUGAUGAAUAGCAGUCAAAAGGGAUUAUGUUUAUGGAAGAGUAUAUAUAGGGUAGCAUGUGCCGAACUGAAGUUAUCAAAGGGAGCAAAGAUUAGCUGAUGUGUUCAUACUACCCUUAAGUGGGUAAAUGUAUCUUAGUAUAAAGUUCAAAAAAAAUUACAGAAAAAAUUAACUGGGAUGACUGGCCUAUUGGGUACCAGAGACCGUCUAUGGCUGCAAAGUACUACAGGUUGUCUGCUGCACACUAAGCUAAUUACAGAAAGUGUUUCACCUUUUAAAAUGUGCCUUUCAAAUAGUCUCUGUCCUGUUUGUACUUUGUGUAAGAAAUGUAUGCUUAGGGAAACUUAAUCAAAAAUGUCUUGUUUUAGAGCCCUCAGAGCAGGAACUGUCUUUUAUCCAAAGGUUUAGAAGAGGAGGAGCAUUGCUCAUUCAUUUACUUCAAACGUGUGUUUUAAACUAUAGGCUAUGAAAUUCCAGUUAUGAUUAUAUUUUGUGCAAGAAGUGAAUCUUUAAAUCCUUGUAGCAAAUUUUCUGAAUUCUUGUUUCAUGAUGUAAUACUUGUAUAAUUUUGUGCUUUAUAAUGUACAAAUUUGUUGCAAAGGGAAAUGCAUAUAGGAACAAAGUGGAGAAUUGCAUUUUCUCCUUUUUUAGAUUGUAGCUGUAGCAUUUUUGGUAACUCUAUGUCCACCAACAGUCCUUAAGAUUGGUAUGGUACUGUACUGUCCUGGCUAUGUUUAAGGAUCAGUUAAUGGGUAUAUCUUCAGUGGUUUGAAAACACAUAUUUGCAUUCUCUGUAUCGCAUAUUGGUUUUUUUUUUUUUACAAUAAUUUUCGGCUGUGUUUCAGUAUAUUACUUUUCUGGUCAUGUUCUUAUACCAAUUCUACCACAGCAAUAGCUGAAUACGACUUAGAAAUAUAUUAAGGUAGCAAGAGCAUGUGAUGCAUAAAUUCUUUCUCUCCCUGCAAACCGAGAUGGCAGUCUCACAUCCUGGCAUCCAGGCAACUUCACCUCAGGCCAUUGACAGCUUUUCAAAGUAAACUGACAGGUUGCAUGUAAUGCUGUAAUUUGUGGGUGGGCAGAUUAGAGAACAAUGGUGAAAUUAAAUACUUGUUUCAGCCCAUGUCGCUUAGGAGAUACACCUGCCUAUUAGGAAUGAAUUGCCUAACAAUUCCUUACUAGUAUUUCAUGUGCAUUUCAAAUUCGUUGGUAUUUCCAACGAUACAUUGAUACCUGCCAUGUGUAGCAAAACCAUGGCAAAAAUAAACCAAGACGCUAAAACAGUAAUGAAUUUGUGCUUUACUGCAUGCGUUUCAAUAAAUGGUAAGUGUGAAGUACAAAAAGCAUGUGAAUUACACCAAAAAUAAAAAAAAGUUAAAAAGCUCAAGGUAAUAAUUCUGUGCACAAUUCAUGAUACUAAAAUAUUAGUUAUUUCAGUGGUUCAUUUGCUGUGCUAAUCUAAACUUUUCCAUGUAUUUUCAAGUGGUACUUACCGAGUUGAAGAAAGUGUGGUGUUUUUCUUUUUUGUUAGAAUUGUGCUGCUUUUUUCCUGUUUUAAUGGAUUGCUGUUGUGAAAAGUAGGUAGUAACAAUUGCUGAGUUAAAAGAAAAGUUUUAGAAUGUUUCUUCUCCCCAGUCCUCCAGAAAUAAGACAAACUUUCUCCUAAUGCCCCAGUGGCCUUAACAGAAAAACACAUUUCUGAUCAGUUUAUAUUCUAGUUCAAAAUGUAAUCUGUAUUUUCACAUGACAACUGGUACCACUUUUUUUCUACAGGAAAGUGUAUUGUAUCAUGUGCCUUUAAUUGGUUAUUGAUAAGUGAAUUAUUCAUAAUUGAUGCCAUGCUUCAAGGGAAUUUGAAUUAAACAGAAAUAAUCUUAACAGCCAGGCCAUUGGUAUUAGUUUAGCACCAGAAGAACAUUUCUUUUGCUUAUGGAAAUAAAGUUCCAGAAAGAGGGAGGGAAGGGGUUAGAAUUCAGUCUAAAGGAAAUGUUAGUAAAUAGUUAAUUUUUAACACAUAUAUUUUUAUUUAUCAGUUACUGUCAGUAGGAAACUGAUGAAAUGCAUCAGAAUGAUGCAUUUCUGUUUAAUGGAGCCAACCUAUAUUCUGUCAAUUACGUAAAUUUAUUCAGGACAGAAUAAAUUUUAUAUUACAUGUGUUGCACAGCGUGGGCUUUGUUCAACCAGUAAUUCUGAGUCCACAGUCUAGGUUUUGUACCCCUGCUACAGGCAGACCUUGCACUGAAACAAAGGAAGGGAUGUCAGUUUAAAAUACCCUUUGCAUCCAUUAAAAAAACAAAACAAAACAAAAACAUGAUAGUAAGGCUUUUCCUCAAAAUAAUAAAUUGGUUACUUCAGUUAUUUCUUUAAAUUGCCCACGUUUUAUGGCCUGUACAUUGAAUUACAAGUUUGAAUUCUGAGCCUUGGGCAACAUGGCUUAGUGCAAGUUGUCCCUGCCCAUGGCAGGGGGCUUGGAACUAGAUGAUCUUAAGGUCCUUUCCAACCCUAACGAUUCUGUGAUUCUAUGAUUGUAGAACUGUUUUCUAUUACUUAUAGACCCACAUAGACCCACUAUUAAAGAUAAAUAGUACUUGUAUUUAUCUCUCUCACACACUGAUCUUUCCUUCUACGUUCAUAUAAUCAUCUUCCAUUUGCUUAACCUAAUUUUGUAUCAGAUUUACCUAGGGUAAGGAGGAGUGUUUGUCUCAAUGACUAGGAAACCCAGGUAUGCUACUGCUUAGCAAAAAACAUUUUAGUGCAGUGUUAAGGAAAUUCAAGAAUGUUGAAAAUGAGAAAAGAAAUUAUGCUGCAUUCUUUUUGAUUGAAAUGUUAAGUAGAUUUCUAAGCAGCUUGUAGGAACAGAUUUGUUUAAUCAAAACUAAUUGACUGAAAACAUUUGUAUUAGUAAAUAUGAGGGAACAAUCUGUGUGAAAAUGGAUUUGUAUACUGAAACUAUUGCAGGGUUAAUUGACCAAGCCAGGCUGUAUGCUGUUGCCAUGUCCACCACAGAAACAAUUCCUUUGUCCAAGGAAUGAUACUAAUGUCCCUGGAGCCUUUCUCACGUUGCCAAGGGAACUCAGUCAUACUUUGAUCUUAGUCAUUUUUUCCCUUAAAAACUGUGUCACACUAAGUAAGGGCUUCUGGACUGGUGUGAGGUGGUUUCCUUGAUCUGCUGUUCUCUCCUUCCCAACAAUCCUACAGAUGAGCUAAAAAAGCUGGUAUCUCUGAGUGCUGGUACAGGAACUGGGUAAAGAAAUGAAAUUAAACAAAGCAGACAUAACAAUGCCACAAGGAAUUUACAAGGUUAUUAAUGCUGCUAGUUUAACUUUUGAAUUUCAGUGUAAAUUGCUGAUAGUCAAACAAAACCAACUUCUCUAUAUAUUACUGCCAACAAUUUAGAAGCAAGUUUUGUGAUGACUGCUCUAAAAAUGUGAAGUGUUUCUGGGAUAAAUGAAUACUGUAAGAUUCAAGUAAUAAGGCUUUAUCCAUCUAUUUUCAACAAAAGCAUUUAUGUCUUUUUAUUCAUUUAACUGUAUAUAAUGUAUAGACACAAGCACUCAUUUUUCUGGUCUUACCGAGGAAGCAUGGUUGGGGUUUGGAGAGUUUUGAUACAGAAUACUCUAGAUAACAGAACGUUUUAACACAAGUAAUUUCUGUUUCAUUAGUCCUUGGAGAGAUAGAUCUUCCCUUCUUCUAGACAUGUUUUGUUAAUGUGAAAGUUUUGAGUGAUCUGCCAGCAUAUUUUGGGUAAAUGUUCUGUAUGCCUUGUACAUCAAACAUAAAUAAGCAAAACAAAUGCACUUACAACUUCAUACCAUGAAAAUGUACGCACAUUAUUUAUUUAUCAUUGUUUUCUCCAAAGUAAAAACAAUUUAACGUG